AACACGAUUUCUAGUAGUUACCAUAGCCACAAAGUCAAUUUUGACUAUCGUAAAAAAUUGUGAAAACAAAAAUUAGCUUUUUGGUCUUAAUUUAGGGUUAUGCAUAAGGUUAGCAGUGUGGUUAUGGUUAUGCUUAAGGUUAGUGUUAGAUUUAAAAUAACAUUUUAAGAAGAUAGAUUGUAGAAAUAGGCGGGGUGUAUGACUUUGUGACUGUUGUAACUAGUGACGACCAGGAACGGCGAUUUUGGUUUGUUUACAUAAAACGGACCUAAACUUAGAGCACAAGGGCCACAAAGGAACAAAUUAGACAAAAAGACAUGUCUUAAUGUAUUUCAUACCUAUUGCGCCCAGCUGUGGAGAACGUCCUCAUUCAUGCCCCAGACAGUUGAAGCAUGCUGGUAAUAACGUUAGUAUGCAGCCCAACAUAAUCAGAAGAGAUGCCGGAGUCUGGCAUCAAACGAAAAGCCUGCUUUACAAGAAUCUACUCAUCAAAUGGAGGACUAAACAACAGAGUCUGCAGGAGUUGAUCCUGCCGCUGCUGCUGCUGUGCCUGCUGAUUCUGAUCAGCACCCUGAACCCACAUGUCUAUUACGGAGGCAUCAGUACCAUGGAGCUGGAGAGGGAGGACUACCACUUACUCAAGGGCCUGGGAUACACCCCCAUUAACAAUGCCACCAAUCACAUCAUGGAGGAGGUGGCCCAGGAAAUGCACUUGCAGGAUCGCCUGGAGAUGUUCUCUAGUGAAGAGGAUUUGGAGAAUGCCAGUCUUUAUGAGCCCUCAGGCUACGUUGGGGUGGUCUUCAUGGGCAGCACACCCACCUCUUACAGGUUGCGCUUCCCUUACAACCAUCUGCCCCUGCCCAGCGACUACACUGAAUCUAUUGCCAACUGUUUUGCCAGCUCAGUGAACUGCAGAGCAGCUAAUUACUGGUACUCUGGCUUCAUCCGCCUCCAGACUCUCAUUGACGCCGCCAUCAUACAGAUGCAGACCAAGCGGUCAGUGUGGAGUGAGAUGGACCACCUGCGUGUGGUGAUGAUGGGCCAGCCAGGGUCAGUGGAGGUCCAAAAGUUCCCCCACGCUCUCAUCUCCAUCUACCUGGUGCUGGCUUUCACACCCUUCAUCACCUUCCUCAUCGUCAACGUGGCAGCAGAGAAGGAACACAGACUCAAAGACACCAUGACCAUGAUGGGCCUCUACGACUCUGCCUUCUGGCUGUCGUGGGGCCUGCUGUAUGCAGCUCUGGUCACCACCAUGUCCAUCCUCAUGUCCAUCAUCGCUACCUAUACAGCCCUCUUCCCCAACAGUGACUUCAUCGUCAUCUUCCUCCUCAUCUUCCUCUACGGCAUCUCCUCUAUCUUCUUCUCCUUCAUGCUGACCCCUCUGUUUAAGAAGCCUAAGUUUGCCAGUACGGUGGGCUCAAUGCUGACUGUGGUUUUCGGCUGCCUGUCCCUGUUCACUGUCCUGAUGAAGGACUUCCCCCAGCCGCUGGUCUGGGUUCUUUGUCUGCUGUCCCCCAGCGCAUUCUCCAUCGGCAUUGCCCAGGUGGUGUACCUGGAGGCUCAGGGGGACGGAGCUGUGUUUGCUACCCUGGCCAACGGCCCCCAUCCCCUCUACGCCCCCCUUCUCAUGCUCGUCCUGGACUGUAUACUCUACCUGCUGCUGGCUGUCUACCUGGACCAGGUUCUACCAGGUGAGUUUGGCAUGCGGCGCUCCCUGGUAUACUUCAUGAAGCCAUCCUAUUGGUCCAAGCGCAGUAAACGCUACGUCGAGGUGAGCUCUGUGUACGAGACAGAGGUGAACGGGGCCCCAGGAGUGGAUGAGUCUGUCGAGCCCGUCUCUCCGGAAUUCAGGGGGAAAGAGGCCAUCCGCAUUAACAACAUCCGCAAGGUGUACAAAGAGAAGGACAGCAUCGUGGAAGCUCUGAGGGGCUUGACCUUUGACAUCUAUGAAGGUCAGAUCACAGCCCUCCUGGGCCACAGCGGAGCGGGGAAGUCCACUCUGAUGAACAUCCUGUGUGGGAUCUGCCCUCCAACCGACGGCCACGCCUCCAUCUAUGGCUCCCCUGUGGCAGAGAUCGCUGAGGGGGCAGAGAUGAGGCAGCUGGUGGGCAUCUGCCCUCAGUUCAACAUCAUCUUUGACGUGCUGACUGUAGAAGAGCACCUGAGGAUAUUCGCUGCCAUUAAAGGGAUUCUGCCCUCUGACAUUGACAAUGAGGUGUCCAAGGUGCUGAAGGAUCUAGACCUGGAGAAGAUCAUGGACGCCCAGGCUAAGAACCUGAGUGGAGGCCAGAAGAGGAAAUUGUCUGUGGGCAUAGCCAUCCUGGGAGACCCCAAGAUCCUGCUCCUGGAUGAACCUACUGCUGGUAUGGACCCCUGUUCCAGACACCAGGUGUGGUCUCUGCUGAAGAGUCGCAGAGCAGGCAGAGUCACGGUGCUCAGCACACAUUACAUGGACGAGGCAGACAUACUCGCUGACCGCAAAGCUGUGAUCUCUCAGGGCCAACUUAAGUGUGUUGGUUCUUCCCUAUAUCUCAAGACCAAGUGUGGAGUAGGAUACCACCUCAGAAUGUCUAUUGGUGAACGGUGUGAGGUAGAUGGUGUCACAUCAUUGGUCAAGCACCACGUCCCCAAGGCUCAGUUGUCACGGCAACAAGAGGCUGAACUGACAUUCACCCUCCCUUUCGAAAGCAUGGACACCUUUUCAGGAUUGUUCUCAGAACUAGACUGCAGGCCAGACCUGGGCAUCAGCAACUACGGGGUGUCCAUGACAACGCUGGAGGACGUGUUUCUUCGUCUGGAGGCUGAGGCUGAGGUGGACCAGGCUGACUACAGUGUGUUCAACCAGGAGCAGGUUGAGGAUGAGGGUGAUGCAUCCUCUCUGGACGACACUGACCAAAGACUACUGACCUUCUCUGACAGCAAGCCAGAGGCGGUCCAGGGCCAUGCUCUGUGGAGACAGCAGUUCAGCACCGUGGCCUGGCUACACAUGCUCAACAUGCAGAGAGAGAGGAAGGCCUUUGUCUACACUCUGGCAUUGUUCCUGGUCUUCCUAGCUGCUGUGCUAGUAUUGUCUCUGGCUACGGGGAACAUCCAGAUCCACGCUCCAGAACGGCAGUUUGUCCCCAUCUACCUGCUGAGACCGAACCAGGCCCCCCGGAAAUACACAACCAGUCUACUGGUCCAGAACUCAUCAGGCUCGGAUAUCUCCGACUUCAUUCGUAACCUGGAAUCUCAGGACAUCAAGGUGGAGAUGAUGAAGAACACAGACUACAUGUCCUGUGCUCCUCACAGCGCAGCCAUCAAUGUCACCGGAUCCAACAAGGGUUUCAGAUACAGUGUAGCGUUCAACAGUACUACCGUCCACUCUUUGCCCAUGACAGUCAACGUCCUCAGUAACGCCAUCCUACGAGGUCUCAACGGCACACAACACAUCCAAACCUGGACCAAGCCCUUCGACUAUCAAAUUCCCGACGCCACGUCAUAUGCUCUGGUCUACAUUGAGGCUAUCAUACUGGGGAUGCUAGCUGCAGGCAUGCCUGCCUACUUCGCCAUGGACCACACCCGAGACAGAGAGAUAAAGUGCCGUUCAACGCUGCGUAUCUCUGGCCUGGUCCCGUCUGCGUACUGGUGUGGUCAGGCUGCAGUGGACAUCCCCUUCUACUACCUCAUACUGACCACCAUGACCAGCAUCCUCUUCUCCUUCCAUACUGCCAACCUGCUUACCUCUAGCAACGUCACCGCAGUGAUCCUGUGUCUGAUAGGUUUUGGUCCAGCUAUGAUCCUGUUCACCUACGUGGUGUCUUUCAUGUUCACACGCGUCCAGAGUAACAGAGACUUCUUCUCUGUGGUCUCCAUGAUGGUGUGUGUGGUGUCUGCCUCCAUCGUCCAGCUGUCAUUUGUGAACGACAACCCGGGGCUGACGAGGAUCCUCCACAAUACACUAUGUUUCUUAAACCCUCUCUACCCUUUAAUGGGCUGCCUUAACUCUAUCACCAAGGCCACCUUCCUGCCCUCCCUCUAUGAAGAGGACUUCCUCUGGAAGAACCUGCUCAUUGCUGUCCUAUCUCCCUAUCUGCAGUGCAUCCUGCUGCUGUUCAUGCUGCGCUGGUUGGAGAUCCGCUACGGAGGGAGGACCAUGAAGAAUGACCAGUUCUGCAGGAUCUCUUCCAAGACUAAGGCUAAAGUGGAGCGUAACCCAGAGGAGGGGAUCAAUGAGGAUGAAGAUGUUCAGAUGGAAAAGGCUCGGGUGAAGGAGGCCCUCACCUGCCAGUGCUGUGAGGAGGUGUGUGUGUGUGGCCAUUACGAGAAACCAGUAGUGGUGGUGAGUAACUUGAGGAAGCAGUAUAAAUGUCCAAGGGAAGGAAUCUCUCUCAAGAAGAGGAGGACGGUAGCCACCAAGAACAUCUCUUUCUGUGUACGCAAAGGUGAGGUGCUUGGACUGCUGGGGCCCAACGGAGCAGGGAAAAGCACCAUCAUGCAUAUGUUGUCUGGAGACACAGUCCCAACCGCUGGACAGGUCCUGAUGGGGGAUUACAGUACAGAGUUCCGUCCAGUAGACAACCCCCUGGAGCAUAUAGGCUACUGUCCCCAGGUCAGCCCUUUGUGGCCCCGCAUCACCCUGGAGGAACACCUGGAGAUCUACGCUGCCAUCAAGGGCCUCCAGGGUCAGGAUGUCCCUGGCAUCAUCACACGUGUGGUGAAUGCUCUGGAGCUGAAGGGCCACCUCCACAAGCAGGCAAAAAACCUCUCAGCUGGGAUCAAGAGGAAGUUGUGCUUUGCUCUCAGCAUGUUGGGGAACCCUCAGAUAGUUCUGCUGGACGAGCCUUCUACAGGGAUGGACCCCAAGUCCAAACAACGCAUGUGGAGGGCUAUCCGGGCAGCGUUUAAGAACCGCCAGCGUGGGGCCAUUCUGACCACUCACUACAUGGAGGAGGCUGAGGCUGUGUGUGACCGCGUGGCCAUCAUGGUGUCAGGGCAGCUCAGGUGUAUUGGGUCUAUCCAGCACCUGAAGGGGAAGUAUGGGCGUGGCUACAGCCUGGAAGUGAAGCUGAGAGAGGAGCUGACUGGGCUCCAACAAGUGGCACUGCUCCACAAGGAGAUCCGUCGAAUCUUCCCUCACGCUGCAAGACAGGAGAGCUUUGCCACCCUGAUGGUUUACAAGAUCCCCAUGGAGGAUGUCAAGUCACUGGCCAAGUCCUUCUCUCAGCUAGAGAGUGCUAAGCAAGCCUUCAACUUUGAAGAGUACAACUUUUCACAAUCAACCUUAGAGCAGGUCUUCAUGGAGUUUGCUAAGGAGCAGGAGAACGAGGAGGAAGAGGUGGGUUCCCUCAGCACCACGUUCCAGUGGCAGCGGCUCCGCCAGGACGGCCCUGUGCCUGUCAACCACACAGACAGCAUUGUGCACCAGCUCUGAGCUCUACUGGGGGGAAGGGGGGCUCGCUGUCUGUGGCCGGCACAGUCUCUGGGCUCCCAUUAUCCCUGCCCACAUGGCACUAACCUCGUCCCCAGCCUAAAGAGGCUGGAAACGAGUUUACUAUGGCACAGGCUAUGCCAGCCCUGGCAAUGCACUCACCCCUCACCUCACGGCUCACACAACCACCCACCACCAGCCCAAACUAAUAGGACAAGAUGGGCGUCACAGGACAGAUGGAUGCCCCUAUGAACAUGGCCCUGGAGGGCUAGCAACUGAACUGUGUGUGUGUUUGGGAUGGGAAGUCUCUCUGGGGCUGAGGUGUGUGAGUUGUCCGAACUACUGUGUGUUUUCUGACCUUUGCACUGACUAACCAAGGGGCCUGCUCCACUCCACCCAACCAGAAUCUCCCUCCUCUGAUGACGCACUGAUACGACUAAUACCUACUCUGUUUUUUUAAUAGGUUUUAUCUGAUUUUUUAUCUGAAUUCACAGCGAGUUGGUAUAUAUGGAUAUGUAUAUUUAAGCAAUAAGGCCCGAGGAGGUGUGGUAUAUGGCCAAUAUACCACGGCUAAGGGCUAUUCUUAUGCAUUACUCAUCGCGGAGUGCCUGGACACAGCCCUUAGCCAUGGUAUAUUUGCCAUAUACCACAAAACCCGAGGCACCUUAUUGCUAUUAUAAACUGGUUACCAACCUAAUUAGAGCAGUAAAAAUAAAUGUUUUGUCAUACCUGUAGUAUACGGUCUGAUAUACCGCCGCUGUCAGCCAAUCAGCAUUCAGGGCUCGAACCACCCAGUUUAUAAAUAUAGAUAUUCUUAUAUAUAUAUAUAUAUAUAUAUAUAUAUAUAUAUAUAUAUAUAUAUAUAUAUAUAUAUAUAUAUAUAUAUAAGAACUAUAUACAAAAGUUUGGGGUCACUGAGAAAUGUCCUUGUUUUGAUUGAAAACCUAGGCAGAGUUCCUCUGUCCAGUGUCUGUGUUCUUUUGCACAUCUUAAUAUUUUAUUUUUAUUGGUCAGUCUGAGAUAUGGCUUUUUCUUUGCAACUCUGCCUAGAAGGCCAGCAUCCCGGGGUCGCCUCUUCACUGUUGACGUUGAGACUGGUGUUUUGCGGGUACUAUUUAAUGAAGCUGCCAGUUGAGGGCUUUUGUGUGUCGUCUGUUUCUCAAACUAGACACUCUAAUGUACUUGUCCUCUUGCUCAGUUGUGCACCGGCGCCUCCCACUCCUCUUUCUAUUCUUUGUUAGAGACAGUUUGCGCUGUUCUGUAAAGGGAGUAGUACACAGCGUUGUAUGAGACCAUUUUGAGCCUGUAAUCGAACCCACAAAUGCUGAUGCUCCAGAUACCCAACUAGUCUAAAGAAGGCCGGUUUUAUUGCUUCUUUAAUCAGAACAACAGUUUUCAGCUGUGCUAAAAUAAUUGCAAAAGGGUUUUCUAAUGAUCAAUUAGCCUUUUAAAAUUAUAAACUUGGAUUAGCUAACACAACGUGCCAUUGGAACACAGGAGUGAUGGUUGCUGAUAAUGGGCCUCUGUACGCCUAUGUAGAUAUUCCAUUAAAAAUCUGCCGUUUCCAGCUACAAUACUCAUUUACAACAUUAACAAUGUCUACACUGUAUUUCUGAUCAAUUUUAUGUUAUUUUAAUGGACAAAAAAUGUUAUUUUCUUUCAAAAACAAGGACAUUUCUAAGUGACCCCAAACUUUUGAACUGUUAUUUAUAUAUCUAGUAUUUAUUGAUUCCUUUUACUUUCCAUCCAUUUCCAUACCUGGGGUAACCUCUUCCCUAGGCAAAUUAGAAGUGUCUAGUGAACAAGAUUAUCCAUGGGGAAUCAGUGCAGUGCAGUAAGUGUGUUUGCUCGUGUCUUCCACCGUGUUUGUGAAACUUUGUGUUUUAUAACAACACCAAUCCAGUUCUGGCUCUAGAUCCACUAGAACCAAAGCAGUACAUCCCUAUUUACUCACACACUCCUAACCUAACACGUUGACACUGAGGUGCUUUUAGCGUCUGUAGCAUGAUGUGGACUAUUUGUGUCGUAGUUGUGUAGGUUGCUUGUUCUGAACGUGAGUACAGAUCAACUGACAGAUCUCCAGUACAGAUCAACUACUGACAGAUCAACUGACAGAUCAACUACUGACAGAUCAACUGACAGAUCUCCAGUACAGACAGAGUUACUGGCAGAUGGAGUGGCCUUUUUUUUUUGCAAAAGAGGAAACCCAGCAGAACUGGAGCUCCAGUCCCUCUCCCCUGCAUCGCCCUCUGGUGGGUGGGAAGAAAACCACACCUCACUCUGCCUCUGCCUCUUCUGCACUAAGGGUUUGCUGCUGUUACUGUAUGUUUCUCUCUGGCUGCAUCUAAAAUGGCACAAUAUUCACUACUUUCUCUGGUCAAAAGUAGUGCACUAUAUAGGGAAUAGGGUGCCAUUUCCUCUGUGUUUCUGUGGGGCACUGUGAGUACUGUGUCUCCUCUACACCAGCAUGCAUUUUAGUGUUGUUCAGGCCCAUUGUAUACUAUAAACACAGCUCUCCCCAGUUCUCAUAGGCAAGAAGAAAGAGGCCUGCUUUUGAGUGACUUAACAUGCUUGUCUGAGAGGAAGAAUUAUGCAUAAAUAAGGAGAAGAUGGUCAGUAUUGUAGUGAUGUUAUAAAAGGCACAAGUGUAAGGUUUAGUAUGGAGGGUUUAGGGUGGAGAGUUUAGGACAUAUGCUCACACUGCCCAGUGGCCUUCCACUCCUACAAUACUUUAGUGUCUGAAUAGGAAUGAUAGCUUGGUAAUGUAGUAUCUUAAAUGCACGUCAGUGCAUGUAGCACUCUGGCUUCAUCAAACAUUUGGUAUGCGAACCAAGUCACCAACCCUAGAGAAUCAGUCCAUUGGAAGAAUAUUGUUUGGAAGAGUAGGUCUUGUUUUUAUUUUAUUAUUAUGAAAUAUUUGGAUUAUUUUAUCUUGGCCAGGUUGGGAAUUGGUAAAAUUGGUAUUUUGUGACAAAGUGUUGAAUUUUGAAUGCAUGAAAAAAUCAUGCCUCCAAAAAGAGGCUUCUUUUAUCUAGGUGACUGAGUUUUUGAGGUUCUGUUGGACUGAAAGGAGCUCAGUUUUCACUCUGUGUCACUCUGGUGCUGCUUUUAACCACAGAUAUAUUUUAUUAUUUGUGUGUGCGUGCGUGACUCAUGUUUGGCUACUGUUAUAAGACUGCUACAGUACUAAUAUAACCCUCUCCAGGGAAGCACACUAAGUGUUGGUGCAAUACUUAAACAAUUGUAACAGUAAACAUAUUAACUUUUUCUUGUGACAUUCAGGUGAGCUUUGAAAGAGCGAAUAAGAGAUGAACAGAAGGGAGUUCAGAAGAUAAUUCUUAGUAUGUGCGGAUGGUGGAACUGAGAGAAGAUGUUGGUUUCCUUGGUUUCCAAAUUGAGAUGGUACUUUUGACCCUAUUUGUGAUGCGGGCGUAUGCCCGGCAUGGUAGAUUCUUGAUUGUUUGAAACGCAUGAUCCCUCUGGUUGCAAGUUGCAUCACAUACUUACAAAGAUGCAAACACAAUUUCAGGAUGCCCUAAAAAUUGUCUACAAUACCUAACUGUCUAUAUGUCUCACUAAAGGUAAAUAUAUUGUACAGUGGCAUAAUAUUAUGUCUAAUUUGAUAUGUUUUCUUGUAGCAUAAAUCACGAGUGCUUGCAUUUUCUACAGAAGUGUGUGUUCAUCGUUCCAUAGAAGACGUGUCGUAGUAGAGAAUAUCAUCCUGCCGUAGAAGACGUGUCGUAGUAGAGAAUAUCAUUGUGUCGUAGUAGAGAAUAUCAUCCUGCCGUAGAAGACGUGUCGUAGUAGAGAAUAUCAUCCUGCCGACGAAGAUGUGUCGUGGUAGAAAAUAUGACAGUGAGUCAGCUUUGUUGAUGUCUCGCCAGCCUCUCUCUGAUACUGAGACUUAAUAUCAGUCUGUUGGCCAUGAGUCUGAAUUAAGAAACAUUCACAGAGAACAUGAGGCCUUCACUUAUUGUUUACGGGUGGUGUGGCCAUAGAAAUAUACUGUUCCAGGUGGUCAAAAGACCAUGGCCUGAGGGGCUUUGUCCCUUCUAGCGAUUAUAUUUCGGGCAGUGAUAAUCAUUGAGCAAAAUGCCUCUUAUCCCUUUUUGCCUUCUAACAUAAACCCACCUCCCAUCCCUCUCUAUGAACUAGAUAUUUUCUCACGUCUCAUCUCUCCAACCUGGGGUGCAGAAGCUUUAUAGUCGUCGUCUCAACUUUUUAAGGGAGAUUUUUUAUUAUAACAUAGUUAAUUUUAAUGGGGAGCUGUGUGACUUAGUUUUGUAAUGUGGUGGUUGGGUUAUUGAGGUGUUGUUGGAUAAUGUUGGAGCAAGUUACUUAAAGUGGUUGUUCAUAGCUUCCUUUGUCUCUACCAUGUCAUGUGUGUGGUUUAGUUUCUCAUUAUGCUUAUUGUGUUGUCUUUUAAACUGAUGAAAAGUAAUUAAAGAAGAAGUUGAAGCCCAAGAAAUAGGAUGCAGUAGCAUCUGAGGCCUGUUUUGCCACCAUUGACCUUCAUUUGAUGGAAUAUAUGUUUUGUGUUUUCUAUUCAUAUAUUUUUUUUAAAGAAAGUGAUCUGAAAAUGUAUGUUGGUAUAGGACUGGUCUGUUGGGUUUCUGUUAAUUUGCCCUCUGAAGUUAAUUACAAUUGGUUUUAUUUUAAAUUUGUAAAGCAUGUUUUCUACUUUACUCUCUCGAAGGGUAUUUGCUACUGAGCAUUGUUGGUGAAAAAUCUGUGUAUGGUUCUGUGAUUCCUGGUAUUUUUAUGAUGAUACAGUACAACCUCUCACAGGCAGCAUUUGUUGUCUGAUAAUCCUUCUUUCUAGAAUACCCCACUGACUGUAUGUUUAAAGAUAUUGCUUUGUUCUGUUGACAUACUCUAACACUAUCGUGUGAGUGGAGAGCAUUUUUAUUUUUAACUCUGACCAUUAUUUUUGCACACAUGUAGCCUUGUGCUAUCGUCGCCACUAUAAUAGAGCGAAAAUAGAAUGUCUUGUGUUUCAUUCUGUAUGAGUUGUGUAUGGGGUGAGAUGGACUACAUUCACUGAAUUCUUAUCUAUUUUAAAGUAACUGCCCAGAUGUUCCAGAUUUCUAUGAAGUAUGACCUAUAAUUACUUACAAUAUGAGUGAAGUGGUUUUCCUUCCAAUUAUUAUUUUUAAAUUACCUUAAAAAGCUGCUUUCCUGUGUCGGAGUGAUGGGGGUGUACAACAACAACAAAAUGGUGUGGGCGUAUACCGGUCAAAAAUAUUCAUGUGAUGACAUGUUCUAUGAGGAAAUAGUAAGCGUUUUUGAAAAGGUCUGUUUGAGAUAGUUUGAGGUGGGGUUGUUUUUGUUUUUCUCCAAUGUAUGCUUCGGCCACAAACGAGUAUAGGACAAGUCAACAUUAGUUGGAUACGAGUUAACUAAAUAUGAACUUUUAAGUGAGAUUUUCACUUGGCAGUUACUUUAAGAUGUUUUUCCCAAGUGCAAUAUUUAGAUGUGUUGUCACAAGCGUUCUAUUAUAAAGGCUAUCAUGGUUAACUAAAAUAUCAAUGCAUCCUUUAUUCUGUGGACUUUAGUGUCACUUGCAGUAAAAUGUUAAUAACAUUA